AUGACGGACAGCAUCAACAGGUCAACCUUGUCGUUGGUGCAAUCGCCCGAGGAGACAAGACCGCUGCUCCCUAGGAGGGUUGUCGCCCACGAGACAGACUCAGAGCCGCUCUUCUCCUGCGUCACCAAUAUGCAUCAUGAUCUCCCCGUAUAUACCAACAUUCAUCGCAUUCGCCGCGACAUUGUCUCCAUUGUUGAGGAUUAUCUCAGCAUCGAGCAGCUACGAGACGUGCGCAUCAACGUGUCUGUGGUGCGGCCCUUGGUAGAUAAGCUCUAUGAACUAGAUGACAUUUCGAUUGUCUAUUGUUUGCUGGUGAAUCGGGUUCAAUUCUUGUACGAACAAUCCCACUUGAACAACCGCCAGAAUGUCAACUAUGCCCGUGCCACUCUGUGUGAGCUGGUCGCCACUAGAAUUUUGCGGCGUUUCAAUGAAGACAAUCCAGGCACCGAGGGGCUCCUGGUAUUGGCGCAUAUUCUCAUCGCGGGCUUUCACCCCUUCCAGAAUGCACCAGAGGAAAUAUGGCGCUCGGAACAUCUUACUCAUGACCGAAUGCACUAUCGAACGUUGCCGGCGCUCGAGGUUGCCAUCGUUGGCGAGAGCAAGAUCUUUCUGAGCUCAACUUCGUGCCAGAAGGUAAUCGAUGCCAUCUACACAGGCAGAAUCAUCUAUACGCCUUCCAGCUUCCUGAACAUCAUUCCGGAUCGCUACAAGCAGAAACCAAUCUCUUUAUACGACCCUCGGACAGCCCCUCUGCUUAACCAGUACAGGCUCAUUGUUCCCCGCACACGUAAUAUCCUUGAGCUCAUUCAGUUCAUCAUUCUUCUGUCUCUCUACCUUGCUUUUAUGGCCGAGCGGGAUGCCAGCAGGGUCAGUGGCGUCGAAAUCUGCUUCGCUGUGUACGCUUUCGGUUGGGUUCUGGACAAUUUCGCUACGAUUCUCGAGCACGGCUGGCAGGUCUAUACUCAGAACCUUUGGUCUUUCCUGGAUGUCAUAUUCUCGGUCAUAUACUGGGGCUACCUGAUCGUGCGGCUCUACGGCCUCCACAUGGGGCUAAAGAACCCUGGACAGCAGGCGCUCGAUGUCCUAGCCAUGGGGGCCCCGGUUCUCAUUCCGCGCAUUGCCUUCAACCUGCUAUCCGACAAUCUUCUCUUCGUCUCGCUUCGGGCCAUGAUGUCUGAUUUCACCUUACUCACAGCUAUUGCUGCUUGGUGCUUUGGCGGCUUCUUACUUUCACUUCUCUGGCUGGGUGAAGGACAGCAUAACUCCAUCACAAUCGGGAAGUGGAUGUUGUGGAUUUGGUUUGGACUAGAUGGGACGGGGAUUUCAAAGUCGGUCGAGUUCCAUUGGCUUUUGGGACCGACUUUGAUGAUUGCCUUCACCUUCCUGGGCAACACCCUUUUUUUGACAAUUUUGGUCUCGAUGCUGUCCCACACCUUUAGCACCAUUGUGCAAAAUGCGACGGCCGAAAUUCAGUACCGGCAUGCCGUCCUUACUCUGGAAGGCGUCAAGGCUGACGCCAUAUUCGCGUAUCAGCCGCCAUUCAACAUCUUGGCGCUGCUCGUCCUGGUGCCGCUCAAGUUUCUCGUCUCGCCCCGCUGGUUUCACAAGAUCCACGUCGCGAGCGUGCGUACCCUGAAUCUUCCUCUGCUCCUGAUAAUCGCAUUGGCGGAGAGACUGUAUCUUUGGCCAAACGAGUACCUCAGUGCGUCGGAAUCGCAAAGGCCCAGUAGCACCGGUACUGGGGUGAAUAGGAGCACAGAGUUUAGCGGCAGGCAAUGGGAGUGGCCUUGGGAGAGCUGGCACAUCACGGCACACGGCGAUAUUCAGGAUGUGUUCGAGGUGCCGCCGCCAGAUAGCGUCCUGGAGGACAUUGCAGUCGAUGACGAUAUGACGCGACAUCUGAUCCGCCGACAGUUUACGCGCUCUGUUAGCCAUACGAAUGGUGGUCCUGUCCAAAACCUUGCACCAAGAAAUUCUUCUGCCGAAGGAUCCUCACAGCAGCCAGAGGACAGCAACAGACGGCGGUCGCCAAAGCCGUCUGGCCGAAGGGACAGCAUCACGCCGUUCCCGUCGUUGGUCCAGCAGCUGCGAGGAGCCAUUUCAGAAUCUGACGAGAUGACCGAGAUAACAAGCCGCCUGGACUCGCUUGAAGAAUCCAUUGGGAGAAUUGAAGGCAUGCUCACGAAACUCACUGGGGGUGCUACUGAUAGUGACAGCGACACAGCAGUCCCAGCCGCCAGCCGAAGACGGUGA